AUGUCGUAUCUUGAUGGCUUUAUAUACAAAAAGGCUCUUGACGCCUGUCGAGCGUCCAACUCUAGGCUAGCAAAGUAUCUGCCGCCUGAUGAUGCCUUGCUCUUGUCUGGUAAGGUAGAUGGAUAUGAGAUCAAACAUUUUGAUGCGACCGCCGUCGAACAAUUUAUUGAAGAGAGAUAUUGCGAGUCGACCAAUAGAUUAGAGCAGUCGAAGAGGCAAUGGCUUUCUGACGCUACCUACACCUUUGCUUCUCUUGCACAGCAGCUGGCGGAGAUUUUUGACCCGCUGGUACCUCAGAGUCCAGAGUACACGAUACCAUAUGGAUGCUUGAUGAUCAUAUUCAAGAUUUUGGUUGCAAAACAGGAGAAGAAAGAAAAGGUCAUCGCCGUCUUCGAAAGUCUUCGGCAAAAGCUACCGUUCCUGGGUUUAUAUGAUGUGCUGUUUCCGACUGAUCAAAUGAGAGCUCAGCUCGCUAAGACGUAUCUCGACGUCCUGGAUCUGAUUGUUUGCGUUACGGAAUACUGUGCCAUUGGUAGGAUAGCCAAGCUUGUGGAUGUAACGUCAUUGAAACCAAAGUAUGACUUCGAAGAGGGUCUCCAGAGGGUGGAGCAUUCAUACCGGACGUUAAAAGACCUCGCCGAGUCUGCAAGUCUAGCUGUGUUGAAGGACACACACGAGAUUUUGAAAGAUCAGUCCAGGAUGAUCGAUUCCAUUGCUGACCAGUCACGUUCUAUGGUCGCAAAUAUCUCAGCAUUGACUCAAGCGGUUGACACACUACAACUCGGUUACUCCAAGAUACACCAUGCACAGACAAGAAAUUGGAGCGAUAGUCUAAUCAACGCCAUUCUUCCUGACACGGAAACCGAAUGGGAGGAAUUGAUCAUGUGGCAGUCUCGUGAAUUUCGACUCUCACCGAAGGAACACUGGGAGGUAAACGGUAUGUUAGAUUACCUUCAAGAAUGGUAUCAACUUGAACCGGCCUCUAUCCUGGCAAUCUUUGGGCCUGCCGAAGAUCGCGAUACUUGGGUUACCGAGUUUUCGAUGGAUAUGAUUCAAGCUUUUCAAGUUCAGGAUGUGUUAGUGGCGUCUGCAAUGUGCGACCGACCAGCAGAUCAAAUAUUCACUCCGACGAUGGUGAUUAGGAAACUCAUAUGUCAGCUGCUGGAACAAAUGCCGGAGCUCACCAUCGAAGCCCCCGACAUAUUCAACCUCCGCGUCUUCCGGAAGACCAUAAAUUUCCACCAGGCGUGCCGUCUCUUCAGCUCAGUUGUCGCUAGGCUGACCACACCAUUUGCAAUCAUUGUUGACCGAAUAGACUGCUGCGAAGCAGACAUUGACGACAGUGAUCAGUCCCAAGACUUGGUUGGAUUUCUAUCAGAGGUCUUAGCAGAACACGAGAAGCGAGUCAAAAUCAUUAUCACAAGCGCAGAGGAGCCUCCUGAAGACGGAGACCUACCUUCCGAACUCGCCGUAAGCAUCUGCGCGAUUAAGACGAGAAAGCGACCUUUGCGCAAGGAAGGGUACUACGGAAGGACACGAAUCACAGGACGUGAACCUACAUUCUAUUUUGAGUUUCUGCGGAAUACGGACGACGAUUGGGAAGAACUAAGAGCUGUUGGAGCCGAGCAGUUGUACAAGUUAAGAUGGGUUUUGCAAAGGGCGCGGGUGCAAUGGGACAUAUACUGGGAUAAGGAAUUGAAACCGAGGACGGCGAGGGAGAAAAAGAUUUAUCGGUAUUUUCAUCUGGAGGCCGAGCCUACUUGGGGAAGAACCGUAGCGAACGGCCCUGAUGGUGUAACCUGGACGUACUACCGGUUCGGCCGCCACGUCAUGGCGUUUUCAAGUUCCGCAUGGUAG